AUGGAGCACACCACUGUCCUGUUGAACCUCUCCACUUUCUACCAAACGAUAAACUCAUCCUGGUCAUCUUCUCCUUUCCUACAGCCUUCACAGAUCUCCUCAACUCCAUCCUCAAAUACCACCUCCCCCCUUCCGCCUGCUGACCUGGUGAUUUCCUCAAAUGUGGGGUACGUGGCGGCCGAGCUCGUCAUCGCCGUGCUCUCCAUCAUCGGCAAUCUGCUGGUCUGCGCUGCCGUGGGCCUCAACCGCAAGUUGCGCACGGUCACCAACUACUUCCUCGUCUCGCUGGCGGUCGCUGACGUCUGCGUGGGCACGAUCGCCAUUCCCUGCGCCAUCCUAACCGACGUUGGUUUACCCCGUCACAACCUCUACUUGUGUCUGCUCAUGCUGAGUGUUUUGAUAAUGUUGACCCAGAGCUCCAUCUUCAGCUUACUGGCGGUGGCCGUGGAGCGCUACGUGGCUAUAUUCAUGCCCUUCCGCUACCAGGCCGUGAUGACGCCUCGUAACGCCGUGUUAGUCAUCCUGACCACGUGGCUGCUGGCCUUCCUCAUCGGGCUCGUGCCUCUGAUGGGCUGGCACAAGACGCCGGGUGAUUCGGGCCACUGUUUCUUUGUCUCGGUGGUGGACAUGACCUAUAUGGUCUAUUUCAACUUCUUCGCAUGCGUGCUGACACCCUUGGUGAUCAUGUUUCUCAUCUACGCCAAAAUCUUCGCCACGGUCAAGCAGCAGGUGAAGCGCAUCGCCUCGGAGCAAAGUGGCCGAGAGGAGGGACAGAUGAAGGCUGCGGCGAGCAUGCGCCGGGAGAUGAAGACCGCCACUUCACUUUUCCUGGUUCUUUUCCUCUUCACCAGCUGCUGGAUCCCCCUCCACGUAAUCAACUGCUUCCUGCUUCUUUGCCCACACUGCUCUGUGCCGUUUGAGCUGCUUCUCACCGCCAUCAUCCUGUCCCAUGCCAACUCUGCCGUCAACCCCUUCCUGUACGCAUACACGAUGAAAGCUUACAGAGACACCUUCAAGGCUAUUUGCAUGGGCUGCAGGACGGUGGGAGACAGAGAGGCUUAA